AUGUUCAUCCAGGACUGUGGCCACAAUGACUUUGGAGAGAACAACUGUCAACACUCUGCCGACGUAGGCGUGCGAUGCCUCCCUAAUACCCUCGAGGUUCGUCUGGUAGAUGGUAACAGCUCGUCGUCAGGGAGAGUGGAGGUCAACUAUGACAACCAGGGAUGGGGCACCAUCUGUGAUGACCACUGGGGUCUUCAUGAUGCUGACGUUGUGUGUCGGAUGUCGGGACAUCAAUCGGCUCAGUCGGCUCCCAGAGGAAGCUUCUUUGGAGGUGGAAUCGGAGUCAUUUGGUUCGAUGACUUCAUAUGUACUGGACACGAGGAGUCCCUACUCGACUGCUCCCACAGUGGGGUCAAGGUUCACGACUGUAAUCACGGAGAAGAUGCCAGUGCUGUGUGCUCUGAUUUUGCAGUGUGCCGUAACUUUUCUUGGGAUGAUGGACAAUUCAGAGUUAGUAACCAGCAGUUUCAUCGAUACACCGAGGGCACUCGGGUGGACAUAACCUGUGACAAUGGGUACCAUCCAACGCUCUCUGUUAGCUAUGCCAUAUGUGCUGCAAAUGGACAGUGGACUCCACACACUCCGGCCUGCUCAGUCAGUUGUCCCACUCUCCGGAGUCCUAAUCAUGGUCGUCUGAGUACUACGGACACAGACCCAGGUGUUAGUGUUCGUGUUGUGUGCGACGAUGGCUACACCUUCGAUGAAACCACUGGCGAUCCCAGCACGGUGUGUCGUCUGACUGGGUCGUGGAGCUCUACUCUUGGUGGCUGCAAGGAAGGUUAGGUUUGAGGGGAAAUGUUGCAGUAUUAUAUGGGAUUUGAAACUAAGUGCUUGCCAUAAACUUAGUGCUAGAAGAGUUGUAACUAUAAUGCAGUAUUAUGCCUUGCCCACUCAAGUAUUGGGUGUGGCCUGAUGGAUAAUACAUCACACAUUUGAUCGUGAGGUCCCGGAUCGAUCCCUGUCUGGAUCAUUUUUUAUAAUGAUGUAAUGUGAGGGUUGAUAUAAGAGGAGCCCUUUUUCAUCAGCUCUCGUGGCCAGCCC